UCAUUCUCGGGUACAUUGCAGUCCCUCCAUUCUCAUUCAGCCCUCCUUGAAAAAUGAUGUUGGUAAUAGAUGAUGUGAAUCAAGCUCUCCCAUGAUCAUGGAGGUUGGUCAAUGUUCAAUCUUUUUCUUGCUGUUUCACUUCUCUUGUAACGUUCCAGAAGUAUGCAUUGUCCUUAGAUUAAUUGUUUAUAAAAUCCAUUUGAGUGUCAAUGAAAUGUGAAUUGUUAUUUUUCUGGGGUUUCAAACUUUUACAUGAUAAAAUCUUAUGCUGUAAACUUUGCUAUUCUUAGAAACGACUUCAUCAUUAAACGACAGGUCGUUUAAUUGUAGCAAACAAAGCGACAUUUAUUUCUAACACGAUUACGCAUUACUCAUUACUCUCUCUCUACCAUCUUCAUGACUUCAUCCAUCGAAUCUAAUCUAAGCUUCUUUCUCUCUAAGCGCCGCCCAAACACCGUCGAAGCCUCCGGCGACCCGCCGAGCAGUUAAUCCAUCAGGUACAUAUUUAUAAAUAUAGACACACAUAUACAUAUACAAUUCCAAAGCUCUGAAACAAAAUGUCUCUGAGAAAACCCCAACUCCCUCGCCUUCUUCUCAACAACGUUUCGUGCAUGAGAAACGCUCAGCAAAUCCUCCGAAACGUGAACGCUACCAUCCACGACGGCGGCUCGCUCGUCCUCACUGGCACGAACGGGUCGGGCAAGACGACUUUCCUCCGUAUGCUGGCCGGGUUUUCCAAGCCAUCGGCCGGAGAAGUCCUCUGGAACGGUCACGACAUAACCAAGUCAGGGAUUUUCCAUCAGUACAAGCUUCAACUCAACUGGCUCUCUCUAAAGGACGCAAUCAAGAGCAAUAUCACGGUAUUGGACAAUGUUCAGUGGUUUGAGGUACUUGAAGGGAAACAAGGUAAGUCUUUGCCUGCAUUGGAGUUAAUGGGGCUUGGUAGAUUGGCCAAAGAGAAGGCCAAAAUACUUUCAAUGGGUCAAAGGAAAAGGCUUCAGUUGGCUAGGUUGUUGGCCAUUGAUAGGCAAAUUUGGUUGCUUGAUGAGCCAUCUGUGGCUUUGGAUGAUGAUGGGGUUAAGCUGCUUGAGUAUAUCAUUGCAGAGCAUAGAAAGAAAGGUGGGAUUGUGAUUUUGGCUACCCAUUUGCCUAUUGAGAUUGAUGAUGCUAUGGUUUUGAGGCUGCCCCCUAGAUUCCCAAGGAGAAUGACUUUCGUGGAUAUGCUUGAUAGAAGAGACUUCUAAGUUCUAAGGUUUGAACCAUCCAUUAUUACCUAUUUUUUGUAUUGUUUUGUUUUGUUUUAACAAAACUAGAGUGGGAAAAGAAAAGGAGAAUAAUUUUGUCAUUUAAUAUGUUAAUCUUAUCGCAAAAAGGCUCAAUCUUGGCCUAGUCUUUGUAUUCUGCAAAUCUCAAGUGAUUUGCUUCUUCAUGUAAUAGUAGUAGGAGAAUAUUUGUUUUCUUUUUCUUUGUUUGUAAUGGAGUCUUACACAAUCACUCACUCAACCACUUCUACUAUAGCUAGAUUGAAGUGGGUGCCUCAAAUGGAGCAAUAACUUUUUCAGGUAUUAUAGAAGCAAAGAAAGAAGUGAAGGCAAUAUCUUAGAGAAGUGUGUUA